AUGACCAACGAAGUCUCGCUGUUGAAGCCUUUAGGCUAUCAACGGAAGAAUUCAUGUGGAUAUUGCAAGAGUACAUCCGGCAGCUCCGCCUACUACAUGUCAUGUGACAAUAUGAGGCUUGAUCACUAUCAGGAAUUGAUGGACAGGGGCUGGAGACGGUCGGGCUCACUAUACUACAAGCCUGAUCUGGUCCAUUCUUGCUGCCCUCACUAUACCAUCCGUCUCAAGGCGGCCGAUUACAAACCUCUCAGAGAACAACGCCGAGCUAUCAACAGAUGGAAUGACUUCGUAAUUGGGCCCGAGUAUAAACGGAAGGUGGCCAUGCUAUGCCCCCAAAGCAGAGAAGAGAAGCGUCGCAACAGAGACAAGUUCGAUCUAUUGACGGCUGUUCACAAGGCAGAAUAUGACAAGCUUCAACGACCACUCGACAAGAAGACCGGCCGCCGAAUCGAGCCAGCACACAAGUUUGAGGUCAACUUAGAGGGCGACAGCUUCUCCAAGGAAAAGUAUGAUGUGUUCCUCAAAUACCAAUUGCAGAUUCACAAAGAUCCACCCUCCCGCUGGAAAGAGCAAGCGUUCAAGCGAUUUCUCUGUACUGGUCUUGACCGCAAGAUUCUGAAAAUCAAUGGCAAGACUCUCAAGCUGGGAUCUUACCAUCAAUGUUAUCGUGUGGACGGGAAAUUGGUGGCUGUAGGAGUGCUCGAUCUCUUACCACAUGCCGUUAGUUCGGUCUACCUAUUUUAUGAUCCCGAAUACCACCACUGGGAUUUCGGGAAGAUAAGCGCCCUUCGUGAGAUAGCACUCGCUCUGGAAGCUCAUUACGAGUAUUACUACAUGGGCUAUUACAUUCACUCAUGUACCAAGAUGCGGUACAAAGCACGCUUCGGGCCAUGUUACUUACUCGAUCCCGAAACCUACAAAUGGAACUUAUUCGACGACAAUUAUCGCCGCGAACUCGAUAAACGAAAAUACGUGUCUCCAUCCCAUGAUCGCAAGUACGGAGUGCCUAGAGAGGCGAACGCCAGUCUACCAGAAACGAGCACAACGAUAUCGAGAACUGAGUCAGACGGCAGUAAACCUCCUGCUACGACUAAAGAGAGAUCGCGAAUCUUUGAUGACGAGCAAGAUCUCGAGUUUGACGAGCCUCAGAGUGACGAAGACGAUGCGGAGAUACCUGAGGGUUCAUUGUUCGAUUUUCAGAUACCAGGCGUUCUUUCCCUGGACGAGGUUAAACGCCUUGAUCUUGAUCAUUGGCGUUUGCUCGUUAGGAAUGCUCUCAUUGAGCUGGAAGAUCUUCGAGGCUGGGAAGACUGGAAGAUUGAUGAUCCAGGUUCGAUCAAGGGCAUCGCGGCCGAGCUGAUUGCUACUACUGGACCCAAACUACUCCAGAACUCUGCGCUUGCCUUGUUCUGA